CAGUAUCCUCUUGUCGCUUUCGUCCACGUUGUGGCUCGCACAGUGUUGCAGACUUAAAAGUAACAAAGCUCUACUAUUCUUCUGUUCUACUGAUGCACUAACAGCCGGUUUUACGGUGACCAGGAAGAAGAAGAGCAACCGGAGUGGUAUCGGAGAAGAAGAGAAGGACCUACGCUGUUCCUACUCCGUCCCGUUCAACAGAGAUCCACUGCAGAAACAAACACCUCUGGCUUACCGAUCCAAAAAGAACAGCCACAGGAAGAGAAACGGAGAAAUGUCAGCCAGAGUUUCGAGUUUCUCCGAUCUGAUACAGAGAGUAACAGCUUCGUGCUUGCUGCAUCCACUUGCAGCUGAGAGGCACGAUUCCGGCGAAAUCAUCGGGAAUCGGUCCAAGGAUGAAGAAGGAGAGGAAGUGUACGGGUACGAGUCCGACCAGUUCGAAGCAGAGGACAAAGAAGAACGACAAGAGGAGGAUCGUAAGGGAAGGAUAAGUGGUUGGGAGCGAGAGAGAACGAGUGAGAUUCGAGUAACGGAGAUGGUGAGACUUAUGAAUGAGGUGUUUGACGCGGCAUCGGCGAUGAAGAAGGCGUACGUGAGCUUGCAGGAGGCGCAUUGCCCAUGGGACCCAGAGAGAAUGCGGGUGGCUGACGUGGCAGUGGUGGGGGAGCUGAGGAGGUUGGCUGUGUUGAGAGAGAGGUUCAGGAGGGGCAUAGGAGAUAACAAGCUCGGAAGGAUAGGGAGUGGUGGUGGUGGAUUGAUGAGAGAGGUUGUAGCGCCGUACGAGGCUGCGGUGGAUGAGCUGAAAAGGGAAGUGAAGGCACGGGAAAUGGAGGUUGAGAAAUUGAAGGAGAAGUUGAAUAGCGUCACCAGUCUUAGCAAUGGCGGAAACGGGAAAAAGGGGAGGUUUCAGUCAAAGAGGAAAGUCAACUGCACCAUUCAAGUUACAGCAGCGCCGGAGCCGGAGCUAUUUGAUGUAACAAUGGGUCAGGUGAAAGAGGCAUCGAAGUCCUUCACGUCUCUUCUCCUCUCCCUCAUGCGCUCAGCCCAUUGGGACAUCGCUGCUGCCGUCCGUUCAAUUGAAGCCGCCACUGCCGGUAAUGAAAAUUACACCACUACCACCACCACUUGCAUCGCGUCCACCAUUGCAACCCACCACGCUAAAUAUGCUCUGGAGUCCUACAUUUCCCGCAAAAUAUUCCAAGGGUUUGACCACGAGACCUUCUACAUGGAUGGCAGCCUCUCCUCCCUCCUCAACCCUGACCAGUUCCGCCGUGACUGCUUCACUCAGUACCGCGACAUGAAGGCAAUGGACCCGGUUGAGCUUCUGGGGAUCUUGCCUACUUGUCACUUUGGCAAAUUCUGCUGCAAGAAGUUCUUAUCCAUUGUUCAUCCCAAAAUGGAGGAGUCUUUCUUUGGGAAUUUGGAGCAGCGUGAACAAGUGUUGGCUGGAAACCACCCAAGAAGUCAAUUUUAUGGUGAGUUCUUGGGGCUUGCCAAGACAGUUUGGUCGCUUCACUUGCUGGCAUUCUCUCUGGACCCUGCUCCCAGUCAGUUUGAGGCUAGUAGAGGAGCAGAGUUCCAUCCACAGUACAUGGAGAGUGUGGUGAAAUUUUCAGGCGGAAGGGUUCCUGCUGGCCAGAUUGUUGGGUUUCCAGUGAGCCCUGGAUUCAAGCUUGGCAAUGGAUCUGUCGUUAAGGCUAGGGUAUACCUGGUGCCAAGGACAUAAACCGCCUCCUGUUGGCUGUUGCCUUGGUGUGUGUAAUUACCAGCAUAUAGGACAUGGUGAGGGGACUAUGGCGCAUCGGCGCUUGCAACUUAGUAAGGAAAUUUAGUUCUAGGAGAUUGUCCCUUUGGUAACUAGGAUAACCAGGUAACGAAAUGUCGAGCUCUUUUUCACGCUUCUGCAAGUUCACAACGUUUCAAAGCAGUGUCAUCCAUGGAAGGGUCUAUUAUGGUUUC